ACUUUUUCCCUCGCCAUUUCGAAUCGAAAGAGCUUCGCGAUGGUUUCUCUCUCCUCUCCCCCUCUCUCCCUCUCUCUCCCUCCUCCCUCUCCUUCCCCCGCUCGACGACGUGCUCUGACCCUAGGGUUUCCCCAUCCCCGACCUCCUCGUCCCCAAAACCCCGAGCUCGCUCUCCUCCGCCGAGCUCCUUCCCUCCGGAUCCCUGAUCCCGCGCCUUUCCCUGGUGGAUCUCGCAGUGGACUCUUCGGGAACGGCAUUGGCAGGACUUGUUCCCAGUCUGUUCUCACCUGCUGUUAUCCGGCACACAACUCUUGGUUUGAUGGCAUUGCAGCCGCUAAUGAGAUGGUGAUCAACGGUCGUAUAAGGAAUCGGAGAUCUUUUCUAGUAACAGUAGUUUCCCUACGAAAUUUGGAUACUGAACUUCAGCCUCACGUACUACAGGAUCUCAAGUUACAGAGAUACUUUACUCAGGAUGAGCAUUACCAAAAGGUUUAUUUUGGUAAGUAUGAUAAUGAAGAAUUUGUGGACAUAUCAGCAAAUGGAGAAAGCACAAGUGUGUUGGUGACAAAUACACCGGAUAAGCUUGGGUUGCUAGCUACUAUCUUCACCGUUCUUCAUGAAUGGAACAUUACUGUGGAAUCAGCCGAGAUGCACACUUGUCGUGGAUCUGCCGUGAAUAAAUUCAUAAUCAGCUACCAAGGCUUAGCUUUAACCAAAGAGGCUGCUCAGGACCUCACACGAGAGCUGUAUUACCGCGUCUGUAUAGGCGAAUGAGCGAGAUUUUAAAUGCUAUAUGGAAGGACUUCAGAAAGGGUUGGAUGUAGCAGCUACUGCAUGUACUAAUUGCAUAUUCAGGUUGGUAGUUACAAUUCAGUAAAUUCACGUGCUUCGAUUCUUUGAGAGGCCGGAACCUUUUAAGUUCUUGCUCUGUCAAGAUUUGAAACAACCACUAUACAAACCUACUCAAGUGAGAACUCACUCUUAUGGGAUGCAGAAAAGAAAUUCCAUGAAUGAACUUUUUCUCAGCACUGUAAAAAUUUGAAUAAGACAGAGAGUGUUAUUUGCACACGGAAACUUCAUGACUAACUUCUCUAGGCCAAGACAUCACCAAUAUGGUUGCAAACUUAUGCUGAAGCACUGUUGGUUCAUCUCUCGAUCAGUUUACUUGUGAAGGAGAUGAGACCUUGGGAUGAACUUCCACAAACAUUAUACUAUCAUCCAUGCUGCUGCAAUCAAAGGGUGUAUUUGGCAUUGGUUAUAUUUCUUGUUUUUCAUUCGAUUUAAUCACUAUGAAAUCAAAAUUGCACAGGGAUGGGCUAAGUUUUUCUUGUCAUUAGCAGUUAGCAAAAUCAUCUUUAAGAAGGGGAAAAACAGCAAUAUUUAAGAGUUUGUAUUAAGUUUUCUAAUUCAACAAGACAAAGCCUGUAGAUCAAGAGUUCGCAAAAAGUCAUCAAUAGCAAAACUAAUAUUCCAUCCUUCGAUGCCAUCAGUCAUGUAGAACUCGAGGAAGAGCAAAGAGAAAAAAGAAAAUAAAAGGAAACCUUGUAACUGAUGUCGAAAAAGGCCUAGGAUUUUGCCCAAGCAGUAAGACAGAGCAGCGCAUAUAGAACUA